AUGGGCAAGACAGAGAAACUUAGGAAAUAUCGGCAAUGUUGGGAAUCAGAGAACUGGGCUAAAGGAUGGUUAAGAGAAGCUGAUGCAGAUGCAAAUAAAAUUGGUGAAGCAUUUUGUAAGAUUUGUCGGUCAUUCCUUAGAGCCCAUUUGACGGAUUUACAAAGACACGCGAAAACAAAAAUGCACUGUGAAAAAAUGAAAAAACUUAAUCCUCAACAGAACAAUCAAACCGUCUUAAGUAAUACAAUUAUAAUUACCAAUGAACAAAAAGAGUUAGACUUAAAGUUGUCCCUGUAUGUUGCAACUCAUACUUCUAUCAAAAGUAUAGAUCAUCUUGGAGAAAUACUAAAGGUUAUUGGGAAAAAAAAUAAUUCACUUCUAAGCAAUUUAAAGUUACAUCGAACUAAAUGCUCAACAAUAAUUAAAAAUGUGAUAUCACCAUCAUUACUAGAAGAACUCAUUCUGGAUAUAGGUACAACUCCAUUUUCUUUAAUUGUUGAUGAAUCAACCGAUGUUUCUGUAAUUAAGUAUUUAUGCUUAUGUGUGAAAUAUUUCAGUACAAAAAACUUAUGUGUAAAAAUUGAAUUUUUGAGUAUAAUCGAAGUAGAUAAAUGUACAGCUGAAGCUCUCAAUAAUCAUGUCUGUAAUUAUCUUAAAUAUAUUGGUCUGGAUAUAAGUAACUUAGUAGGUAUUGGUACAGAUGGAGCAAAUAAUUUAUGUGGAAAACAUCACUCCCUCUUUACACUGCUAAAACAAAAAAGUCCUAACCUACAAAUUGUUAGAUGCAUCUGCCAUUCCCUCAAUAAUGCAUUGUCAAAGGCCACUGAACAAUUCCUAGUAAUAUAG